AUGGGAAGAUCGGCGGUGGCGCUGCUUUUUACCUGCACCACCUGGAUUGCAGAUGUGGGCGAUGCCUCGGCCUCAACGGAGGAAGCCGAGUUCGGGGACUUUACCGCCACACUCUGGUCCCGCGGUCUCGCCCGUAGCUGCUGCGACCUCUUCCCAUCGACCUUCCGAAGCAACGACAGAGGUCUCGAAGUUGCGGUCUUCAACUGGUCGUCACUGGAUCUUGCGCACCAUGCAUCGCUGAUCGUGUACGUGCCGUCCAUGGAUUUGAUCCAAUUCCUCCCACGCUUCGCGGCAGCCUCGCCAGAAGCGCGCAUCACCUUGGUCACGGGACAGGAGGAUGUGGGAGUACCCUGCGAGCUCUUCGGAGUUCCCAGGCGCCGUCCAGAGUUCUUUGCGGUGCACCCCGACGCGCCCUCGCAGCAGGCCCGGAGCUGGGCGUUGUCCUCGAGGAACUUGUCGAGGUUCCUCGGAGACCCGCGGCUCCUCCGUUGGUUUGCGCAGAACUACGAUGCCUCCGACUGCCUGGCAGGAGAGACGCUGCUGAAGCUGGCGCCCCUGCCCUUGGGUCUGGAUUUCCACACUGCCUCGGAAAAGGCUCUGCAGAUGAGCGUGCGCCAGCAGCAGCGGCAGCUUGAUCUGGCACGAGAGGAAGCAUUGCCUUUUGCUGAGAGGUCAUCGCAUGUGCUGCUGCCAGUGGACUGCGUGGCAGCAGAGUUCUGGUGGCAGCCGCCUCUCCAGAGCGGGCCCGGGAGCUGCGUCGACCGGCGCUGCGCCUGCGAGGCGCUGAAGGGCAACUGGACCCGGGUGCCUUGGCCCAGCUACCUCCACGCACUGGGCCGGCAUGCCUUCGUCGCGGCUCCGCUGGGCCACGGCUUGGACUCGCACCGGGUGUGGGAGGUGCUGGUGAUGGGAAGUGUGCCAGUGGUCAUCGCAUCAAGCUUGGAUGGAUUGUAUGCAGAGUUUCCGGUCGUGAUCGUGCACUCCUGGUGGGAUGUGCCUUUGAAUGCACUUUCCUGGAAGAAGCAGAUCUUGCAGAAAUGGGGCUCUCAGCCGUUUUCUCCGAGGGUGCUACAGCGGCUCACUAGCGGCUAUUGGGCCGGCUUGAUCCGCGGCUGGCACGAGGCCAUGCAGGCUACUGGGCCAUUGAUUUCAAAGGUGGAGCAAUGA